CUGAAUACCGGCAAACAACCGCCAGAGAGGGGACGUGGCAUACGCAUACUCGUUGGACUUCGUUCUUCUCUAUUACUAUAGCUGUUUCCGUUCUACGGUGCAAACGAAAGUAUCGGCACUUCGCAGUCGAUAGCAAAAGUGGUUUUGUGUGUGUUUUGAAUUCAAAAAAAUGGCUACUAACAGAGCAACCAAAAGCGGAUUUGCUGCCGAAGCACAAAGAAAGGUAAACGCAAAAUACAGCGAAGAACUGGCCCGUGAAAGUCUAGAAUGGAUAGCAUCCAUAACAGGCGAUGGUAUCAGCACUGCCGGCGACAUGGACAACUUCUAUGAAGUAUUAAAAGAUGGGCAACUCUUGUGCAAACUGGUUAAUACUAUCAAACCGUCAAUUGUGAAAAAAGUCAAUAGUAGUCAGAUGGCCUUCAAAUGUAUGGAAAAUAUCAACGCCUUCCUGGAAGCUGCGAGAGAGCUGGGUGUUCCCGCGCAGGAAACUUUCCAAACGGUUGAUCUUUGGGAGAGGCAAAAUCUGAAUUCUGUCGUUAUCUGUUUGCAGUCUUUGGGGAGAAAGGCUGGCAACUACGGCAAGCCAUCAAUAGGACCAAAAGAGGCCGAGAAAAACGAAAGAUUGUUCUCAGAGGAGAAGCUAAAGGCGGGCCAGACUAUUAUUGGGCUUCAGAUGGGAAGCAAUAAGGGGGCCAACCAAUCCGGCAUCAAUUUUGGAAACACAAGGCACAUGUAAAGACGUCUCUUCGUAUUGUAAUUAGGUUUAUACUCUUAUUUAGGUUUGAUUUUCUAUUAUAAAUUCGCACGAAGUGCCAAUUUAUUAGAGAGACACUAUAUAAAAGUAAAGGUCAGAAAAAAGUUGAUUUUUUUGAGAGGACAUGUUUAUUUAAAAAUUAUUUUUUUAGGCUGUUUGUAGAUUAAGAUACCUAUUUAUUAUUGUAACAACGACCAAUAACUUCUAUAUUCUCUAAUAAAAAGAUUACUUACACGUU